AUGUAUGUAAUACAGGGCAGAUCCUUUUUUAAAUGUUUCAGGGUUAUGGCUAUUGGGCCUCUACACAGUGUCAUCCCGGAACGUUUCCAUCAACACCUCUCAAGAAAAACUCUGAAGAGUUAUUUGGCAUGUGAUGAAAAGUAUAGAGAACAGCUGGAAAGCAGCAUGUACCCAGCAGACAUUCCAGUCAUUGUCCGGCAAUAUACAAACGCAGUGUUCCAGAGAGUGCUGAACAACCUUAAUGGUCUUGGUAAGGAUGCAGUCGAGGAGAUACAUCCUUGGGUGCUGUGCACCUUGAUUGAUUGGGACGAGUUUGACAAAGUCAUAUGCACUACAACAAAUCAUACUACAACAAAUCAUACAGAUGACAGAGAUACAGAGUCGGGAACAGGCACACCAUGCGAAAUGCCAGAGAUUAGAUCAACUGGGUUAACAUCUUCCUCUUCAGAUGGUGUAGGUAAGUAACAUCUCCAGCCAUAUUUUUUAUUAGCAC